CAUUUUUAUGCCGAAUCAAAGUCGCUAACUUCGGAAUAAAUUAACAUAGCGAGGAUUUUUACUUCGCGACUCGAACUUAUAAUACGAUGGAUUGUUUGAUAUAACAUCGGUUUCUUAUGUAUCGUGCGGCUCGAGCACGCCCAGGCCUUCGAUGGCCUAGACAUCAGUUACGAUUCUCACAAAGAUCUUAUGUAACCGAUGUCGAUGUAGAUAAGGCAAGGCAAUAUUGUGUCGCACAGCUGAGACAGUCCGACUACGAUUCUUAUUUAAUUCGAAAUAUUCUGCCUAAACAGAGACAGGAUGCUUAUGAUGCGUUACGAGCUUUUAAUCUUGAGCUGGUUCGGCUUCCGGAGCUUGUAUCAAACCCCACCAUUGGUCUAAUGAGGAUGCAAUUCUGGCGGGAUGCUGUUAAAAACACAUUUGCCGGCAAGCCUCCAAAAGAACCCAUUAUGAUCUUACUGCAUAAGGUUAUCUCGGAGCUCACUGAGAUGGGCGGCAUGCCAAGCUCUAUCAAGUUCUGGUUACUGCGCCUGAUCAAUACUCGGGAACAGUAUAUGGAUAACAAACCGUUCACCAGUCUAGCUUCAUUAGAGGAGUACGCAGAGAAUACAUACUCAACCCUCAUGUAUUCAAAUCUAGCAGCACUCUCUAUCAAUUCCAUGCAUAUGGACCAUUUAGCUAGUCAUAUUGGGAAAGCAUGUGGUAUUGUGGCUAUCCUUCGAGGUGUCCCGGUUUUAGCAGCCCCCUCGCCGCCUGUUAAAUCACCCUAUGGAGCUAGUGUAGGCAGUGGUAGGAACCCAGUCCUAUUACUACCGCUAGAUGUCAUGGCGGAGACGGGUCUAAAAGAGGAAGAUGUCUACCGACAUGGCCCUCGUGCGGAUGGUUUCCAAGAUGCCGUCUUCAAAGUCGCGACCCGGGCUAAUGAUCACUUAAUCACUGCAAGAGAGAUGUUGAAAAACCUCCGCGCAGGGCAAAGCCCCGGCCACGAAUACGAACACCACGGCGAAGAGCGACACGAAUAUCCGUUAGCGACUCACGGAGACGAUGAUACUAAACGAGAUCUCCAACGAGGAUUCAACGUCAUGCUAGAAGGUAUCCCAGCUAGUGAUUACCUGACGCGGCUUGAAGCCCAGAACUUCGAUCCAUUUACAGUGAGCAGCAGCUGGAAGCUCCCGUGGCGGUUAUGGAGAGCAAUAAAGACGAGACAAAUUUAAUUCAUUGCGGUACAUAUCUAACUUGUAUGAAUAAUAUGAUCAAUUGCUUGUAAGCGCUCUCCUGUAUUUAUAGUCAAACUCAUGGUGUGUUCCGCGGCUCUAACCUAUGUAGCCUACCAGUAUUCCCCAGUUUCUAUAACAGACUAGGUUAGACUACUAAAUAAAUCCCCAUAAGCAGCUGCCGUAUGGCGUAUAU